GUUACGUCACGCGCUUCCGCGGAAGUAACGAGGAUUGGAAAAUAGAGGUUAUAAUAUGCAGCUUUGACCACAACGGGUUGUGGAGAUAUUUACCUGUAAAUACAGUAAGAGUGCAGCCAUGAGCUGAGGCUCCCCAAACCCACCUUUCUCAAUGAUCAACGACAAGCUGGUGUUUUUGGGUCUCCUUUACUUCAUCCAGGGCAUUCCAUAUGGCCUGCAGUCAUCCCUGCUCCCAGUGUACCUGCGCGGUGCCGGUCACUCUCUCACCCGAAUCAGCCUCACCAAAAUCCUCUACUUCCCCUGGGUGCUCAAGGUGCUCUGGGCCCCUCUGGUGGACCGGACUGGCACCAAGCGCUGCUGGUUGGUGUGCACGGUGGCUGGUCUGGCCCUCACCUGUUUAGUGAGCGCUGCUAUUUCACCUGAUGUCCAGUACAUGGUUGUGGCGGGCUCCCUGCUUGUCAUGAACUUGCUGGCAUCCGUGCAGGACAUUGCAGCUGACGGGGUGGCCGUGCGGCUGCUCAGGGGGCAGGGGGAGCUGGGUUUGGGGAACACUGUGCAGGUGGUUGGGUAUAAAGCUGGGUCUGUGUUUGCUGGAGGGGGGCUGCUGGCUGUGAUUGAUGUUGCAGGCUGGGGCUGGAUGUUCACACUGCUGGCUUGUGUGUACGGUGGUGUUGCUCUGUUUGUGUGGGGCGCCCCUGUGUUGGACGGAGAGCCGGCGCGGGGACAGGGAGAAGGACGGAGGGGGCCAAAGGAAGUGAUGCAGCCCUGGAAGGUGUGGAGGAAGCUCUUGUCUGUGCCAGGAACGACAUGGACGAUGUUCUUCGUCCUCACUUACAAGCUAGGUGAACAGGGGGCUAUCACCAUGUUUCCACUCUUCCUGCUGGACCACCACAUGACUGCCAGAGAGCUGGGGGUGUGGAACGGCAUGGUUGCCAUGGCAUUUUCCAUCUGUGGCUCAUCAAUUGGGGGCUUCUUGCUCUCUCAGUACAGUAUUGGCCUGCUGAUGAGACGUGUGUUUAUGAUCCGGACUAUCAGCAUGGUCUUUCAGAGCUCACUUCUUGUAGUGCUGGAGCCCUCACUCUUGAUGAAAGGUAUGGCAGUCCUGAGUCUGAGUUUGCAGCAUUUCAUAGCCGGUCUUAUCACCACUCUCACUUUCACCACGAUGAUGAACUGCACACAGAGAGCCGAGGAGAGCAUACAGGCCACCCACUACAGUUUUCUGGCCACUCUGGAGGUCCUGGGGAAACUGAGUUUUAGUGCCCUGGCUGGAGGUAUGGUGGACACUGUGGGCUUUCCCAUAGCCUUCAUCCUCUUCCUCUUCCUCACCUCCAGCAGUGCACUGCACGUGUGGAGAGCCACAGAGACUGGCGUCCUGAAGGAGCAACUUAAAGGCCAGCCACUGUGACCAGCGUGAGCCUAAAAGAGGGCCGAGUGUGUUAAUGUCUGGGUGAAAGAAAGCGAGAUUAAAUCUUAUGCUUAGAAUAAGGUGACCAAAUAGACAGGCAAGCAAAUAUGUUGUUUUUAUUUGUAUUAAUUUGACACAACCAGCAUUGUCCGAGACAAGAGCCACUUGCGCACUGCACUCUCAGUACCUCUCUGAAAAACACUGCAAAUGUUUAACAGCUACAUAUAGUCAACUAUUUAAAGGUGCUUGCUUUCAUAAAAUAAGUCAUCCUGAAUGGCAAGCAAACUGAGCCAUGGCAACACUGUUAACAUGCCAUGUAGUCUGUCUGAAGGACAGUAAUUCAUUAAAAAAAUAUUAUGUUUGCUGUAAUGGACAAUGCUAAAUCUGUAAUUCAAAAGAACUGUAAUAGUUAUAAAAGGUUUAUAGCUUGUUUAAGGGUCUAGUUUGGUUUAGUUAUACACACCCUAGUCAUUUUCACAUUUCCUUUUACACAGCAUCUAUUCAUCUUAGAAAUGCCUUUAGGUUUUAAUCACAGACACCAUUCAGUUUAAUGACCAAUCAGCAGCAUGCUGGAUUUUAAGAAUCGCUUGACUUUAGAGUCAUGCAAAUUUGGAAGCAGUAUGAACAUUGAAUUAUGGUUCUACCAGAAAGAUUUUGGAGAUCGAAUGAUGUAACGAAGCAUUCAUUUAUGGACAACCCAGCAAGCAAUUAUUUAUGAAGGUCUUUGCCAUAGGCCCCAUCUGUAGUGCAUAUUCGGGUAGGAUUUAGUGCAUAACCCAUCCUGGUGGUGGGGAGGGUGGAGGACAUUGUUUGCGUCGGUGUCUGGCAACUCAAACAUGUGUAAGUACCAAUCUUUUAUACAGCAAGUAUUAAGACAUGAUUGGAUAGAUGUGAUGUGACAUAGUAAUUGAGUCUUCCUGGCAGAACUUAUGCUAAAGCUUUCAUUUCUAUGAUCAGCCGAGUGCUUUUUUUGUAUUCUCAAUGCAAUACUUUUAUUAAUGGGGUCAUAUCACUGGAAAAUAAAAGUCAAUGUGCUAUGAGAAAAGCACCUUUUAACUAUGUUGUACAUUGACUCUUAUUUGUAGUUCAGCAACACUGCCAAAAAAAUAUGUUAAAAAAAAAAAAAAAAAACGUGUGCUGCUCCUGGUUGUGUAUAGCACCUGAAUAUCUGUUUAUACUUCCUUGGAUUGUUAGGAAAUAUUAGGAAAGAAUUGCCCAGCAGCAAACGUGACCCAACUAUUUGUUAUUUCACUUACCUAGACUGUGUUUACAUGCAAAGCACAACACCAAAAAUUGCUAUUUCAUUCGGCGAGUCAGAAAGAGGGUGGAGAGCAGUCAUGAGAAUACUAAAUUAGGACUGUUUUGAUAUAUAAAACUUGACUGACAUAGUAAGUGGACCUCAGGGAAAACAAUAUUCUAAAAAGUAUGAUAUGACCCCUUUAAUGUCUGUUAAAAUACUGUACAUUGAAACAGUCAACUCAUCAAGCUCAUUUUUUGAGCCAAUAAUAUAUUGUUUCAUAUAUAUUGUUUUGUAUUGUGAGAUGUCUGCAUUUCCUAUGCAAUAACACUUUUUUUUGAGUCUGAAAUAUAGACUAUCAUCAUCAUGAAUUGAUAUACAAACCUUAAUCCUGAAGUUCUUGUAAAGGACUGUGGGUAAUUCUAUCUUCCUGAGCCAUGCUUUACUUUUGAAUAUGUUCGAAUUGCCUUUUUUAUAUAGUUUAUUGCAGAGCCAAAAUAUGUGGAGAUAUUGUUGAGACUAGAUGGGUAAACGUGUGGAUUUUGCCAUAACUAAAGAUACCUUGAGAAGAUGCCUUUAAUCUAUAACAUAUUGUAAUUGCAUAUUGCAUUAGGUCCAUGUUCGUUCAAUGCGUUAAUUAGUUUUUCGAUUUAAUAUUGAAAUUGAAAAAUGGCUAAUUUCUUUGUUCCCGUUUUAUUUUUAUUUUAUUUUUUUCACAACAAAAAAUGAAAAAUUAUAAAAAUUAGACUCCACAUUUAGAGCAUGAAAUGGCCCUUUCUGCUGAUUGGUCAACCAAAGAUCAACCCAUUCUUCAACAGUUCCUUGCAGAAUAAUAGUCCUCCGCUGCUGGAUGGAUUACAAAUAAUCUCUCUCUCAUCCAACAACCGGACUAAGGAAUGCUUUGACAUAAAUUGAAAUAUUAGAAAUAUUAUCUGAUUAUUUGAGAAGCCUACUUAUUCGACACAACACUGGUUUUAGUUGUCCAACUAUCAAAAUCUGUGUGGCAAAGCUGUGUGACCCACUGGAUAAUUUUAUGUUGUAGCGAAGCGCACAUAAAUGAGCCGUUUUCGAAUUUUUUUACUUUCAAUAUUAAAAUGAAAACGAUUGUACCAUUUA